AUGCCUAGUCAACUUUCGUUUUCCACUCUACCGGAGUUCGAAAAUGCUCAGCAAAACCUGAAGAAGCUCAAAGAGGAGCCCGAUAAUGAUGUGAAGCUGAAGCUUUACGGGCUUUUCAAACAAGCAACCGUUGGCGAUGUUCAAGGAAAGCGACCAGGAAUGAUGGAUUUUGUCGGAAGAGCCAAAUUCGAUGCUUGGAGUGCUUUGAAAGGAACCACGAAGGAAAAAGCUCAAGCUGAAUAUGCGAAUGUUGUUAAAGGAUUGGCAGCUGAAGAAUCGCAGUCCACAUCCGAUUCUUCGACGACACUCGAAGGGCUUACGCCAGUUUCUGGUUUACAAGUUACUCGUGAGGGAAAAGUCUUCAAAAUUACUUUGGACCGCCCGAAGAAAUUUAAUGCGCUUACUUAUGAGAUGUACGAAGGCAUCGGAAAUGCUCUUGAAGCAUCGAAUGCUGAUAAGUCGACAUCUUUAACUGUAUUCACCGCGAAUGGCAAUUAUUUCUCUUCUGGAAAUGAUUUGACAAACUUCAAGGGAGCAGCUGGAGGAUCGAAAGAAGUGGUGGCGGAAAUGGCGAAGAACGGACGAGCUGUUCUCAAAAAAUAUGUCGAUACGUUCAUUAAUCACGAAAAACCACUUAUUGCGCUAAUUAAUGGACCGGCCAUCGGAAUUUCAGUGACUGUUUUGGGAAUGUUUGAUUAUAUUAUUGCUUCAGAUAAGGCUACUUUCCAUACGCCGUUUGCUCCGCUUGGUCAAUCUCCAGAAGGAUGCUCCUCGUACACUUUCCCAUUGAUUAUGGGCAGUGCUAGAGCUUCUGAGCUUCUUCUUCUAUGCAAGAAAAUCACUGCUCACAAAGCGGCUGAAUACGGAUUGAUCAAUGAAGUGAUCCCAGAUUCAGAGUUUCAGGCUUAUUGUCAGAAAACCGUCGAAGAGUUCUCGAAUAUUCCCCCUGAGAGUCUCCGAAUCAACAAAACACUUCUUCGCUCUUUGCAUAAGGAGCAAUUGUUGAAGAUUAAUGAGACGGAAUGCGAUAUAUUGGCUCAACGCUGGCAAUCAAAAGAAUGCCAUCAAGCUAUUGCCUCAUUCCUUACAAGAUCGAAAAAAUAG